GGUUCUAAGCCUGUUGACCUCGUCGUCUGUCAGAUUUUUACUUUCAGUUCUAACAGUAACAAUGUAGCAGUCUCAGUCGGAAGAGAACACUCAGGAACAAUGGCAAAACAACAUGUAGUACUGUCAUUGGUCAUUUUCCUGGUCAUAGCCUUGGCCUUGUACAUACAUACCUCUUGGUACAAACCCAAGGAGCAAGAAACUGUCAACUUCAACCCACACAUACCCAAUUUGAAACUCAGCUUGGACACCGCGAGCCCCCUUGUCCAUGUGUCUGAUGACCUGUUGUCCGCUGAGAGAGUCAUAGAUGAACUGCCCUACCCUCCACACUCACAACGUUUCCUUGACAGGCCUCAGGUCCUCACUGCCCAGUGUGUGACUAGUGGCACUCACUACUGGGAGCUGGAGGCUAUAGGCUACUGGGAAAUCGCUGUGGCCCACGAAAACAUCAACAGGACGGGACGGGAGAGUUCUUUUGGCCUGAACAUGGUAUCUUGGAGCCUGACACAUAAAGAUGGUAAACUGUCUGCCUACCACAACGCUGAGAAAAAGGUGUCUGAAAAAUCCCUCCAAUAUAAGCGUGUGGCAGUGACUGUUGGUUUUCAGGAAGGAACUGUUAUUUUCUUUGAGGUGGGGACAAAACUGAAACAGCUGCACAUGUUUACUAGUCAGCUAAGCGGACCCCUUUGUUUAGGUCUUGGACUGUAUCGCCCAUCCAGGCUAACCAUUCUAAAGACCUACGAAGUGCAUAAAGUAUGAAAGGUCAUUGUAGAUCAAGAUUUCAUUCUAUUUCAGCUAUGUUCUGACAUCCAGAGCACUGAGCAAGAAAAUGCCAUAUCUUUCUACUAAAACAUUUAGGGUAUUGCUGAUAAACAAAGUCUGACUUGAAUAUGUGAUGGCCUCAGACGUAUUUGUUAUCCCAUAGAAUGCUUAUAGUAGUUCAGGCUGUUGGCACGGACAGAAGUGGACGGUGGAAACCUCCGGAGUGCCGGCAGAACGUACCGGGAGUAGAACAACCCUUCUGCUUGUCCGAGGUGGUCUCGAGAUACGUGCUCUCCAAAAAAGGGUUGCAGAAUUAGUUAGAGGAGAAGGUAGAGGUGAGAAGCAGAAGGAAGAAGUUGAACAUGAAGAUGAAAGUAAAUAACUAAGCAACGAUGUAUUGGGUGAACAGGAGAAAAGAUCUAUAAGAAGCACAUGUGUUGUACUAUGCUGACCUUAACACAGGAUUUCAAGGGUGUGUUUUAUUCAGCAACAGUGAAUAAAGAACUAAUAACAA